CUUUAUAUGAUCUUGUUGAAGCUGAUUUCAAAAAUGGAAGCCUUAUUUAUUCUUGACUUUAGAGUCAGUUUUAGGAGGAAAUUUCGGUCACUCUUCUAGUCAAUAAAGAUCAAGCUCAAUGAUCAAGAGCACCUGUUCUCAUUUCCAAAAAUUCUGAGUUAAAAAAAUACGUCCGGGAAAUCAGUAAUUUAAAUUGGUAUAUGCAUUUCACUGUACUGUAACCGUAUGUGCCAUAAAUGAAUUAAAAAUAGAAUGGUCAGAAAGGAACUGAAAUCAGACAGACAGUCGUUGAGAGUUAACGUGUCGUUUGUUAGGAAGGGAUUGUUAAGGGCUGACAUGGGUUUUUGAGAGACUCACUGUUAACAUUGUAAUUCCCGGAGGAGAGGAAAGGCGUUCUUGGAAGCAGGGAAGAGGGAGGAAAAUAACACGGCCUCUUCUCAGGGGACAUGUGUGUCACAUUCUGGCCAAGACAUCUAUUGGGACAGUCCCAUGACACUAACGCCUGAGGUAGGGACUGUUAUAAUUCCAUCUUCAUUCCAGUUGGACCACACAUGGAGCCUCUGAAGGAAAGGAGGUUUAAGGGAUAAAGACAUGGUUGCUUUCUUUUCAUAUAUGUGAAAAAGGUAUUAGACUUAUUCUGUAGCUAGAGGACAGAACUAGGGCUAAGGUAGAUCAAUCAAAAGCUUUUUGAUUUUUUUUUUUUUUUUUUUUGAUUUGGUUUCAAAACUCCUUUGGUAGUAAACUUGAACUGAACUGACAGGAGGCUUUUUUCCCCAUCAGUGUGGCUAUAAGUUUUGCUGAGAAACGUUAUAAUGUUUGAUUUUAGGAUACUGCCUCACACCCCUCUGGAAGAGCUAUAAGGUUUAUUAAUUUUCUGAAAUCCACACAGAUCCUGGCCUUUGGGCGUAAAACAAGGGAUUUGUGCUUGACAAGGAUGAUCGGCUCAGUGGGUGAGGGGUAAGGUGACCUUGACCCAGCAUGGAAGAGUCUGAGUCUACUUUUACUGUUUGGCAGGAAGGGUGCUUCUUCCUAACACUGAGUACAGUUCUCUAAAAUUGAAACUGCUUACAAAAGCUUUUGAGAAAGUUUAAGCAAUUGCCCAAAGAAUGGCAUUUACUCAUGUUUUAAUAGUUUUGACACAUCUACACUGACAUGAGUAAAGAUAUUAGGUUAUAUUAAAGUUUUAUUUAAAGAAUGACUAAAGCACAUGAUCUAUAGAUAAUAGAUUUUUUUUGUGGCAUUUUGUAGUUUUCAUUGGAACAUUUACAAAGUAUGCAAAAUGAUCAAACUGCUACACACUAGAGAUGGGUAGAAGUGGAUAAUCUUCUAACUGUACAAAAUUGUCACGCAAAAGUCCAGGACAGGGUGCCACUCUCAGUCUUCAAAGAGAAAGAUAAGAAAUCCUGGAUUUUCAAAGUCCCUUUGAAGGCUUUUAAGAACAGCCGCUGAUUAAUAUUCCUAAAGAAAAUGAAGAUAAUUAUAUAUUUUUGCAUUUGGGCAAUAGCAUGGGCCAUUCCAGUUCCUCAAAUCAAGCCAUUGGAGAGGCAUGCUAUUGACAAAAGUGUGAACUUAAAUCUUCUAGCAAAAUCGAAAGCGCCAGUACAGGAUGAGUUAAAUGCCAAUGACACCACCAAAGGAAGUGGCAUCCCCAUGCAUGACCAUGAAAUAGGAAGGCAGCAGGAUACCAAAGAUGGUUACAAAGGAGAGAGAAAUGGCUCUGAGUGGGCAGAAGUGGGAGGGAACAGUUCUUCUGCACGUCCCAUGUUAGCAAACAAAGAAGAGAACCCGGAGGAUCCGAAUGGGGACGCAGGACAACCAGAACCAUAUGGCCACGAUGGGCUCCAUGGACGAGGGGACAGCAGCCCCGCAAAUGGCCUCAGAGGGCAAGUCAGCAUUCUUGACAACUCUGGAACAGCAAAUGGGAGCAAUGUUAAUGGGAUUACUGAUAAGAAUUCAAAAAAUGAGGAUGUUGGAAAUGCAAGUCAGAGUGAGAAUGCCACUGUGGUCCCAGAAGACAGAUAUCAAGUAGCUGGAAGCAAUAACAGUAUAGGUCAUGAGGAUGAAAUAAAUGGGAAUUUCUGUAGAAAUGGGGGAGGUAUAAGUGAAACAACACCUCCAGGAGAAGGUGAGAUAAAUGGCAAUGAGGAGACAGGGGUAACAUCUGGGGGAAGUGGAGCUGGCAAUAGAGAAUUUGCUGGCCCGGAUAAUUCUGAUGGCAGUCCUAGCGGGAAUGGAGCAGAUGAAGAGGAAGACAAGGGCUCUGGUGACGAUGAAGGUGAAGACACGGGGAAUGGAGAAAAGACUGCUGAUACCAUCAAGGGCCAGGAGAAUCCGAGUCAUGGAGAGGAGGAGGUGGAGGAGGAGGACGACCAUAGCUUAGGUCAAAAUUCAAUUAGCAGUGAAGAUGAGGGCCCUGGGGACAGAGAAGCUGUCCAUGCCACUGACGGAGACAACACCUCCAAGAGCGAGGAAGAUUCUGACAAUAUUCCAGGAGAAAGCGGUAGCCAAAGAAUAGAGGACACCCAGACACCCAAUCAGAGAGAAACCAAAGCUGUGGCAAGUGGAGUCACUGCAAUAUCAGAGCCCCUUGCUAUUGGGCAGAGCCAAGAUAAGGGAAUAGAAAUUGCAGCUCCCCGCAGUGGCAACAGAAGCAAUAUCACCAAAGAAGCUGGGAAAGUCAGUGAAGACAGAGAGAGUAAAGGCCAACAUGGAAUGAUUGUGGGCAAAGGAAGUGUCAAGACACAAGGCGAGGCUGACAUCCUGCAAAGACCUGGCCCCAAAUCAGAACCCGGAAAUAAGCCUGGACCCAGCAAAACACAUAGCGACAGUAACAGUGAAGGAUACGACAGUUAUGAGUUUGAUGGUAAAUCCAUGCAAGGAGAUGAUCCCAACAGCAGUGAGGAGUCUAAUGGCAGUGAUGAUGCCAAUUCUGAAGGUGAUGAUGACCACAGUAGCCGAGGAGAUACUUCUUACAACUCUGAUGAAGCAAAUGAUAAUGGCAACGACAGUGACUCCAAAGAAGAGGAUGAGGAUGAUGACACAUCUGAUGCGAAUGAUAGUGACAGUGAUGGCAAUGGUGACAAUGGGAGCGAUGACAGUGGCAAAUCAGGCAGCAGCAAAGCUGAAUCAGAGAGCAGCCAGAGCAGUGAGAGCAGUGAGAGCGACAGCAGCGACAGCAGCGACAGCAGCGACAGCAGCGACAGCAGUGAGAGCAAUGACAGUAGUGAGAGUAGUGACAGCAGUGACAGCAAAUCAGAUAGUGAAAGCAGUGACAGUAGUGACAGCAGUGACAGCAGCGACAGUAGUGACAGCAGUGACAGCAAAUCAGACAGCAGUGACAGCAGUGACAGCAGCGACAGCAGUGACAGCAAAUCAGACAGUAGUGACAGCAGUGACAGCAGCGACAGUAGUGACAGCAGUGACAGCAAAUCAGACAGCAGUGACAGCAGUGACAGCAGUGACAGCAGUGACAGCAGUGAUAGUGACAGCAGUGACAGCAAAUCAGACAGCAGUGACAGCAGUGACAGCAGCGACAGCAGUGACAGCAGUGACAGCAGUGACAGUAGUGACAGCAGUGAUAGUGAUAGCAGUGACAGCAAAUCAGACAGCAGUGACAGCAGUGAUAGCAGUGAGAGCAAAUCAGACAGCAGUGACAGCAGUGAUAGCAAGUCAGACAGUAGUGACAGCAGUGAGAGCAAAUCAGACAGCAGUGACAGCAGCGACAGCAGUGAGAGCAAAUCAGACAGUAGUGACAGCAGUGAUAGCAGCGACAGCAGUGACAGCAAAUCAGACAGUAGUGACAGCAGUGAUAGCAGCGACAGCAGUGACAGCAAAUCAGACAGUAGUGACAGCAGUGAUAGCAGCGACAGCAGUGACAGCAAAUCAGACAGUAGUGACAGCAGUGACAGCAGCGACAGCAGUGACAGCAAAUCAGACAGUAGUGACAGCAGUGAUAGCAGCGACAGCAGUGACAGCAAAUCAGACAGCAGUGACAGCAGCGACAGCAAAUCAGACAGUAGUGACAGCAGUGAUAGCAGCGACAGCAGUGACAGCAAAUCAGACAGUAGUGACAGCAGUGAUAGCAGCGACAGCAGUGACAGCAAAUCAGACAGUAGUGACAGCAGUGAUAGCAGCGACAGCAGUGACAGCAAAUCAGACAGUAGUGACAGCAGUGAUAGCAGCGACAGCAAAUCAGACAGUAGUGACGGCAGUGAUAGCAGUGACAGCAAAUCAGACAGUAGUGACAGCAGUGAUAGCAGCGACAGCAGUGACAGCAAAUCAGACAGUAGUGACAGCAGUGACAGCCGCGACAGCAGUGACAGCAGUGAUAGCAGCGACAGCAGUGACAGCAGCGACAGCAAAUCAGACAGUAGUGACAGCAGUGAUAGCAGUGACAGCAGUGACAGCAACAGCAGUGACAGCAAAUCAGACAGUAGUGACAGCAGUGACAGCAAAUCAGACAGUAGUGACAGCAGUGACAGCGACAGCAGUGACAGCAAAUCAGACAGUGACAGUAGUGACAGCAGUGACAGCAAAUCAGACAGCAGUGACAGCAGUGACAGCAGUGAUAGUGACAGCAGUGAUGGCAGUGACAGCAGUGACAGUAGUGACAGCAGUGACAGCGACAGUAGUGACAGCAGUGACAGUGCAUCUGACAGUAGCGAUGAAGGUGACAGCAAGAGCAAGGCUGGUAAUGGCGACAACAAUGGAGGUGAUAGCGACAGCAGCAGUGACAGUGAAGGCCGUGACAGCAAUCACUCAACCAGUGAUGAUUAGAACUAAGGAAAAACUCACAAGGCUCCUUUUGUGAAAAGUCUGGUGGGUAAUUGAUAGGAAAUAAAGAUCCAGGAUGUAAAGAAAGGAGAGAAACAAAGAGAAGACACACACACAACCACACAUUCACAGAUACACAGGAGAUAGUCAAAUUGUCAGAUUCAGAACCAAGUCUCAACACCCUCAGAGGGAGAAUCUGAGUGUGUACGUGCAUGUGAAAUAUAUUCUAAAAGGAUUUCUUUAAAAGUGUAAAUGUAAACACAGAAGAACAAAUAAAAUAUUCUUUAAUACUUUACACAGAAAACCUCAAGUAAUCCUCUACUAAGUAACUUCGAUUUUAAUGCCAAGUGCUUUAGAGAAGGUAGCAAGUAAACCUAUCUUAUAAACAACCUAUGGCACUGCCUUAAUCGUUCAGUAAUUACCUAUUAUGGAUAGACGGUCUGCUUACCUGCUGAGUAAAGGAUGCUGUUACCAUUA